AUGGUUGAUUUAAAAUCAACUUCUUCGAUAUUAAGUUAUGAGAAAAAACUUGAACAACAACAUAAACAAUCAAGACAGAACGUUGGUGUCAUUGCUAUCUUAUUCAUGUCUUUUAGAACUUUAGGCGUUAUUUAUGGAGAUAUUGGCACAUCUCCCUUAUAUGUACUUUCGGCAAUUUUUCCUGAUGCACCUGGCGAUGCUCGUGACGUUAUAGGCAUUUGUUCUUUAAUUAUUUGGUCAUUGACUAUCGUGCCUAUGAUAAAAUAUGUUUUCAUUGUUUUGAGAGCAGAUGAUAAUGGAGAAGGUGGCACGUUUGCCCUUUACUCAUUAUUAAACAAAUAUUCGGGUUUAAGUGUUCACGGCGAGAGUAGGUCAGAUGAUAGUUCAAUUGUAAGAUACGAUAACAGCUCAAUUCAUAGCUUAAAGCAACCAAAUAUGAUAGCGCGUUCCAAAUUUAUACAAAAUGCGUUGUUAAUCAUUGUUUUAUUGGGUGCAUCCUUGGUAAUGAGCGAUGGAUUAUUAACUCCAGCUGUGUCUGUAAUAUCCGCAGUUGAGGGAAUUGCAAUUAAAGCCCCAUCAUUAAAAGCAUUCAUUGUACCCAUCAGUUGCGUAAUCAUCGUUAUAUUGUUUUUGGCUCAACAAUUCGGCACAAAAAAGGUCGGGGAUUUGUUUGCCCCAAUCGUAUUCUUGUGGCUAAUGACGAUCGCUUCUACUGGAAUAUGGAAUAUCACAAAACAUCCAGAAAUCAUGAGAUCAUUCAAUCCAUAUUAUAUCUUUGAUUACUUUAUUCGUAAUAAAGGGGUGGGAUUCAACAGUCUCGGUGGGGUUUUGCUAUCCAUAACAGGAGUUGAAGCUUUGUAUGCUGAUUUGGGUCACUUCAAUCGCAUUUCUAUCCAACUUUCUUUUCCGCUCUAUGUUUAUCCUACCUUGACCUUAGCUUAUCUUGGACAGGGUGCACGUAUCAUCUUGGAUCCUUCCAUUGUCAAACCUAACGCAUUUUGGAAUUCAGUACCAGAAAAUGAUUUUGUUUUUUGGAUUACUUUUGUUUUUGCUACUCUGGCAACGAUCAUCGCCUCUCAGGCAAUGAUUUCUGCAACAUUCUCAUUAAUAUAUCAAGCGGUGCAGCUGGAAUGUUUCCCAAGAGUUAAAGUCAUACACACUUCAAAGGUUUUAGAAGGACAAAUUUAUAUUCCGGAGAUAAAUUACUUCCUUAUGGUAGUUAUUGUGAUAAUUUGUAUUGUUUUCAAAGAAUCCGCCAACCUAACUAACGCUUACGGGGUUGCGGUUGCUUUCUUAUUGAUAUUUGGUAUAAUUGAUUUAGCAUUCUUGAUUUCUACCCUUCGUAAAGUUAAGGAAGGUGGUUGGUUUACAUUAUUGUUGGCAAUUAUGAUUUGUCUAGUUAUGAUAAUUUGGAAAUGGGGUUCAACCCUCAAAUUUCAACACGCGUUAAAGUCCAAAACAAGGCUUGAAAAUAUUUUUAUCAACGAUGACGAACCAGAUAAAGGUGAUGAAGAAGUGACGACAGAGAAAGAAGCUUCGAUUGACCCAAUUUCUAAAAAAGCAAUCGAUGAAAGGGAGCGAUCAAAUGAAAUUGUAGAUGGAGAUUCGAGUGCCAAAGGUAUAUCAUUUGGUGAGAUAAAAACUCGAAAAGAGAUAAAUCGAAGUCAAAUACGACUCGCUAGCAGUGGAUUUCAAGUUAGUAGAUUACCGGGUAUUGGAAUGUUUUACAGUGAAGUGGGAUUGGGUGUUCCACUUACAUUUCGACAUUUUAUACAACAUUUCCCGGCGGUACCACAAACUCUCAUAUUCAUUAGUAUACGUCCCGUUGCGAUUCCUUACGUGGGCGAUGACGAUCGCUUGGUCGUAAGGAAAGUUAAUUAUGACGGGUGUUAUAAUAUAAUUGCCCGUUAUGGUUAUAUGGAGAAAGUUUCACAAGGACAAGAUUUUGUGAAAAGGAUGAUCGAAUCGAUUCGUAAAUUUGAUCCCACUCAUGAAGGUCUUUUGGAAAAUUCAAAUCAUGUGACAUACGUAGUUGGUCAACAAUACCUUCAUCCUAAAUUAAAUACCACUUGGUUGAAAAAAUUAAUAAUUUAUGGUUACGUCUUUUUGGUUAAUAAUUCAAGGCAAUUAUAUGGAAAUUGGAAUAUUCCAAUCGAGGAUGUCGUUGAUGUCGGCAUGAAAAUAGCUUUAUAA